CCUUUUCCCAUUUUCUCCCAUUUCCCUCUUCCAAUCCCAAGUCCAAACCUCGUCUCCAGUAUCGACUGUCAGCGUAGUCUUUGUUGCUUCUUCCAGCUCUCCAUCGUCUGGCGUUUCAACUUGUCAAUUGGCCUCGGAUCAUAAGCUUUUUCGCUACGCGUCUGACUCGACAUAGAUCGGCGAACCCCGCUCUUGACGCUCAUCAUAGACGCAGCUCUCCACCUCGCCGGAAUCCCAUCCGUAAAUACCGCCAACAUGCCCCAGAUCACCACCCUCCUGUUCGACUGCGACAACACGCUCGUCCUCUCCGAGGAGCUCGCCUUCGAGGCGUGCGCCGACCUCAUCAAUGAGAUUUGCGAGGGCCGCAAUAUCAAACAGCGCUUCACGGGCGAGAGCCUGAUCAAGGAGUUUGUCGGCCAGAACUUCCGCGGCAUGCUGCUCGGCCUCUCCAAGAUGCACGGCUUCGAGAUGACUCCCGAGGAGCUCGAGACGUACGUAACGCGCGAGGAGGACGCCGUCAUCGCCAAGCUCAAGGCCUCCCUCAAGCCCUGCCCUGGCGUCGACGAACAGCUCGAAGCCCUGCAGAAGAGCGGCAAGUACACCAUGUCCGUCGUCUCGUCCUCGGCCAAGCGCCGCGUCUGGGCCUCGGUCGUCAAGGUCGGCCAGGACAAAUACUUCGGCGAGGACGUAGUCUUCAGCGCCGCAACCUCGCUGCCCAAGCCCACCAGCAAGCCCGAUCCGGCCAUCUACCUGUACGCCAUGGAGCAGCUCGGCAAGAAGCCCGAAGAGUGCGUCGCCAUCGAGGACUCCAAGAGCGGCACCCUCAGCGGCACUCGCGCCGGCAUCAAGGUCAUCGGCUACGUCGGCCCCUAUGCCGCCGACCAGCAGGCUGAGAUGGAAAAGGUCCUGCGCGAUGCCGGUGCUGUCAUCAUCAUGAAGGACUGGAGCGAGUUCCCCAACGUCCUGGCCAAGAUCGAGAGCGGGAGCGCCUGACUAGCCGGGGUAAAGAUCCCGUCGUCGUUCUUGUAAGGUUGGGGGAGCGGUUUUCGCCGACGGUUACUGCACAAAGGGCCAGCCAUAAGGGCCAUGCAUUUCGUUCUCUUCUGGUGUUCA